GGAGCACAAGCGGCGACUCUCGGUCAGCGCUAGUCUCAGUCAGCUUUGGGAGGCUCUGCCGUGAACAUUGAAUCGGUCGAACCGGACGCAAAACACAAUCUCUCUCCUCCCCUGUCCCCCUCUCGAUAAAUUUCCUCGCCGAGAGAGAGAACCGGGUGCCCUCGCGUCGUCGAAACAAAGUGCCAAGUUCAAGUUCAGUAACACGAAGACACUCGGUUGACGACAACAACGAUACAUGUACACGUCUUGAGGCAAUAACAUCGCUCUCUGUGUUUGUUGUCGAUCCGCGAAGAGAGCCGGUCGAUUCGUGCCAGGAAACGCGAAUCGGUUUCUCCGUACCUCGCUUCGUCCGCGUUUAUCUCGAGAUAAUAAAAAAAAACGAUCCGGCAUCGAUACACGUGUGUCGAGCGAGACGCGUUCUUUCUCUCCCGUCACGUUUUCGCGGGUGCUUUCGAUGCGAGCUACAGCGGCAUCGUACAACGACGUAUACGGUCGGAGUGGCAGUUUUAUUGUGUUGUCCUGAGGAAAGUUUCUCUCCCUUAACCGCCUGCUACGCAUUUAACGUCCGCCGCGAAGGACGAGAAAAAGAGGAAGAGGGAUUUUGGAAGAAGGAAGGCAGAAAACACAAACAUCACGCACAGUGUUUUUGUGCGAAAUCGGGGAACAUGUCGACUGCCGUCAUGAGUACUCCCAUGUUCGAGUGCAGCGAACAUCUUUUCAAGAACGCAGCCUCGGCCAAGGCGAAGGAAUCACCGUCGUCCUCGACAACGUCGGCCACCGCCAACGGCGGUGCCGCCGUCACCAACGUCACCAACGGACACGCGCCACUGAAGCGCAGCUACACUUCCUUGGUGACCACGUUGAUCGAGCAACACCGGAAAUUGGAUCGCAGCGUCAGCGAGCCGACGUCCCGCUACAAGACAGAGCUCUGCCGGCCGUACGAGGAAAGCGGCUCGUGCAAAUAUGGUGACAAGUGUCAGUUCGCACACGGCUACGGCGAGCUACGCAAUCUCGCGCGUCACCCCAAGUACAAGACCGAGCUGUGCCGCACCUUCCACACAAUCGGCUUCUGCCCGUACGGGCCGCGCUGCCACUUUAUACACAACUUCGAGGAGGCACGCAUACACAAUCAGAAGGUGAGUGCCCAACUGGGCUCGACGCAGCCCAACAUAAUCGGCCUGAAUCCGUUGAUGAGCGCGGCAGCCGCUGCUGCAGCGGCGACCGCGGCCGGUAAUGGUGCCAUCGCCAACAACAAUGCGUCCACAGUCAACAAUAACGUCAACGUCAGUCUGCUGGAGCAUCUCGCCGCGUCGUCCCACGUGGCUGUCGCGGCCGCGGCAGCGGCCACCACAUCGAACCUCAUGCGAACCAACUCGUUGAGCUUGGGUAGCGCCAACGCGAACGGCUACAAUCAGCCGCCGUUGCUGCGAACGUCAUCGCUGAGCCUGGCGACGAAUCAUCAUCACGCGGUGCAGCAGCACCACCAUCAUCAUCAGGUGAACGCCGUCAAGUCGGUGAUCGGCGCGACGAAACCCAAGCCGCUCAAUCUCAGCCCGACCUUCUCCCUCGGCAGCUCCGCCGAUUCGGUGUCGCCGUCGUCUAGCCUCAGCCAGUCGCCGACCAACUCCAUGGCGAGUUUCUUCAGCGACGACUGUAGCCAGCAGGCGGCCUCGUGCACGAAUCUGCCGACAACGCCGUUCAGCUUCGGUCAGGAUUUCAGUCUGCUCGCCUGUUCGAGGCAGAGUCCGAGUCCUCGCAAUAACGGCGUGUGCAGCCCUCUCGCCUCCGACGAGGCGACGCCCAGGACACCCUCCCCGUUGUCACCUAACACGGAGUCUAGGUUGCCGGUGUUUAACAGGAUCAGCAGCACCCUGGGCGAUUUCGAUAAUCUCAAGAUCUAGAGCGAUUGCUUGCGCGAAGAGGAAAAGGAUUUCAGGGGGGGUAUUUGUGACUCGGGGUUUAAGCGAGGAUAACUUCUCCCCGCAGUGGAUUCUGUCGGAGGAAAAUACUUUCUUUCGUUUCUUUCUUCUUUUUUUUUUUUUUUACAUAUGAAGUCACGCCGUUCGCGCGACGUGAUUCUCUUUAUCCAUCGUUCAACUUUCUUGAAAAGCGAUGCGUUUUUUAAGGCAUACGUCGGUAGGUUUCUUUUUUACCUUUGAAAACCCUUGUCUUUUUUCCUCCUUUUUUUACAUAUUAUUACCACCAUA